GUUUCUCGUAUGGGCUCCACCCCAGCAUAAUUCACACUCGCUCACAAGCACUCAUCACAUCUGCUCUCGAAUAAUGUCUCACAACCACACUCACGGCGGCUCCUGCAACGACGAAUCUCAUUCUCAUGAUCAUGACCACUCGCACGACCAUUCCUCUGAAGCAACUGGACCGCAAGAUAAUCUCUUCAUUCAUAUCGACAGGUCCAAUGUCGUUGCACUCAAUACGACCGGUGAGGGAAAGGAGGUGAUCAAGCCGUGGCAUGAGAGAUUAGACGAAGGCGUGUAUCUGGAGUCGGAUGCGGAUGAUCAGAUGAUAAUCCGAAUUCCAUUCACCGGUUCCGUCAAACUUCGCUCCAUCCUUCUCAAAACUGGUCCUGGGGACCAAACGCCGGAGAAAGUUGCACUUUUUGCAAACGCGGAUGCGAUGGACUUCUCCGACAUUGCGGACCAAACCCCUACUCAGGAGCUGACUGUACCACAGGGAAGGGAUGUGGGUGAAUACCAGCUCAAAGCUGCCAAGUUCCCCAACAUCUCAUCUGUGACCCUCUUCAUACCCGCAUCUCAGGGAGCGGAAACGACGAGGAUCUAUUAUGUCGGCUUUAUGGGAUCGUGGAGCGAGCGCAAGAAAGACCCGGUCAUCACAGUGUACGAAUCGCAGGCCAACCUCGCAGAUCACGAGAAGAUCCAAGGAAUGGAGGGCAAUUUCUCGGCUAAUGGGAUGUAAGUGCGAACUUGGAAGGACAUGUUGAUGUGGCAGGUGUCUUGUACGAAUAUCCUUCAUGGUUCUUGUCAUUCGUGGUUUCGCAUAGUAUCAGAUGCAGGUAUGGAAUAGCUAGGGAAGAAAAGAAAGUCAAUUAUCACUGUAUUUCUAGUAUUUUUCCCGCAUUCGAGUUACUUACCAGUUCUUGCAAUUGUAUCAUAUGGCGGUUU